CCAGACCUGUGGGUUUGUUCUGACAUGUGAUUUACAUACUUAAAUAAAAAGCCAGGAGAAAACACAUAAAAGAAACAAACAGAGAGAGAGAGAGAGAGUUGGAAUCCUCCGCGUCGUGGGAUUUUACUCCUCCUGUGGAUUGGAACUAUACGGGCGACUCCUCGGUCUCUCUCCUCGGGUAGGCUACUAAAACCAGUCCACUGCAGUGGAUAAUGUCUCUAAAGUCGAGCCUCGCUGCUCCGGCCCCUGCCUCAGCUCUGGGUCUGUGUCGCUGUCUGCUGGUUGUCCUGGUGGUCCUGGAGCUGUCCGGCAGGGCAGAGGGCCAGCCAUGCCCGGCGCAGUGCUCCUGUUCCGGCUCUACUGUGGACUGUCACGGCCAGGGGCUCCGCGGCGUCCCCGGGAAUAUACCCCGUAACACAGAGAGACUGGAUCUGAACGCUAAUAAUCUGACGAAAAUCACAAAGGCCGAUUUCGCUGGACUGAGGAAUCUGCGCGUGCUUCAGUUGAUGGAGAAUAAGAUCAGUCUAAUAGAGAGAGGAGCCUUCCAGGACCUGGAGGGAGCUUGA